GCUUCACUUGCAAGGCGAGCGGCGCACAUCGAGGAGCGAAGCUUACUAAAGAAAUAAAAAAAAUCAAAUCCAGUCAUCAGAAGAAAAAGCGGCAGAAGCAGAGAAGCUCUAGGACUGUUCAGAUCAAUCUUCUUUUCCACCGAUAGCGAUUACCGAAAAGGAUCUGCAAUCGUUCUCUUACUUUUUUUUUAAAUUUUUAUCUUAUUAUUUCCCUGGAGCACAUUGGCUAAAUGGCUAAGGAACGUGCGCUCGCUCGAAGCCGGAGAGAGGCUUUUGAUAAAGAGGGAAAUUAAGCUGCCGGCUCUCUGGCUGUGUGCGCGUGCGUGCGUGCGUGUGCGUGUAUGUGUGUGUGUGCGCGUGUAUGAGUCACAAUCUCGUAUUUCAGCCCUAGCUAGUGUGGCCGGCUGCUUGGAGCUGGGGCCCGAUAUGGACUCAAAGAAGAGAUAAUUCCAGGAGGAGGAGGUGGUGGUGGAGGAGGAGGUGUCGGUUGUAGUAGUGGAAGGGGAAACAAUUUGAGUGCGCCGAAGAACUUUUUUAUUAUUAUUUUUGAAGACAGAACUGGACUUUACAGGAUUAAAAAAACAGAAGAGCCAGUGAACAAAGUUGGCGUCAAAUACUUCUGCGUGAAGCUGGAGCCGUGGUCUAAAAAAAACUCGGAGGAAAUGGGGGAGCAGCCAAUCUUCACCACCAGAGCCCAUGUCUUCCAGAUCGAUCCCACUACCAAGAAGAACUGGGUCCCUGCCAGCAAGCAGGCCGUCACCGUCUCCUACUUCUACGACAGCACAAGGAACAGCUACCGCAUCAUCAGCGUGGACGGAUCCAAGGUAAUAAUCAACAGUACAAUUACGCCCAACAUGACCUUCACAAAAACCUCACAGAAGUUUGGCCAGUGGGCAGAUAGCCGAGCGAAUACAGUAUUUGGUCUGGGAUUUUCUUCCGAGCAGCAAUUAGCAAAGUUUGCUGAAAAAUUUCAGGAAGUUAAAGAGGCAGCAAAACUAGCCAGAGACAAGUCUCAAGAGAAAAUUGAAACCUCUAGCAACCAUUCGCAGGAAUCCGGUCGGGAGACUCCAUCCACGCAAGCAUCCAGUAUUAAUGGCACCGACGAUGAAAAGGCAUCUCAUGGAGGACCUAUAGACGCACACCUGAAAGGCGACAAUGACAGGCUGAAGACGUCUUUAACACAGGGCUCGGCCAACACGAAGAAAUGGGAGACGGAACUUCAGACGCUGAGAGAAAGCAACGCACGGCUAAUUGACGCCCUCCAGGAGUCUGCGACUAAUGUAGAGCAGUGGAAAAAACAACUAGAAGAGUGUAAAGAUGAAAGCGAUCAACUCAGGAAAAAGAUCACCGAGCUUGAAGCACAAUGCAACGAAAUAAACAUCGAGAAGGAGCACAAUGAGCAGCUGAGCAUGAAGGUGCAGGAGCUGGAGUCGGAGCUCGCAGAGAAGGAGCUGGAGCUGGAGAACCUGAGGAAGCAGGCAGAAAUCAUCCCGCAGCUCAUGGAGGAGUGCGAACUGAUGACUCAGAAGCUACAGGAUGCUGAAUUGAAAAACAAAGACUUGGAGGACAGAAUUCAGACGCUACAGGCCGACCUUGAAGAAAGCCAGCACAAACAGGGAAACCUGAAGAUGGAGCUCAAGACAUUUUUAGAUGUGCUGGAUGGAAAGAUCGAUGAACUGCACGAAUUCAGACAAGGACUGUCAAAACUAGGAAUAGAUAACUGAGAAAAACGAUGCCUCCUUUUUCGGGGGGUUGGGGGUAUUACCACUCGUUUUUUUUCUUUAAAUACCGUUUAGGGCCUGUCUGACUUGAUUAGACUCCUCUUUGAGUGUGCCUCACGAAAAAAAAAAAAAAGGGGGAGUUGACAAAUGCAACAAAAAAGGAAUCUCGCACACAAGGGUGCGUCAAGGGGUCGAGUUUGCCGCAUCUCAGAAAUGAGUGGGAUGAGCCAGCUGAAACCUGUCAUUGGACACAAAAGAGCCAUUAAAGAAUCUUUGAAAAGGGGACAAGGUGAAAGCGUAUGAAUUAAGGAAAAAGAUUUGGAGAAAAUACCAGCUUUUUGUUCUACUACUAAAAACAACCGCAACAAGAUGUCGUUGAAAUAGUUUUGGAGCUCAUCUGGGUCUUUAAUAUGGGACAGGGAGGGAUCUGUGGUGUCACUGAGCUGACCCUGCACAAAGGAGUAUUACGUGGGGGAAGAUUUCUGGAUCAUUUGUGUAUCAUUGUGCCUGGGGCUGAAAAAAGUAGGACAAUCCGGUUGAUGAUGGUUCCGUCUCAGUUAAGUAAAUUUGGGAAUCAAAUUCUUUUCCCAAAUUUCUCAUUACACCACUGCUAUGACAGGGUUUCCAUCUGUGGCCAGAUCUACAUAGACCAGAGCCUCUUAAGAAC